AUGUCUGGCCGCUCAUUGAUCGGGCAGCUCGUGCCCCUGGUUGUCCUCUUCAUGGUUAUCGGCGGCCUCGCCUUUGUCGGCUACCAGAUCUACCUAAGCGUGAACAAGAUCCAGGCGCAAGCGACCAAGAACAUUGGCAACAAGAACAUCACCUUCACCAAGGAUGGCAUGCGUGUUAACGUCAAGGAGGUGAAGAACGAGAAGUAUGUGGAUGCGACUCAGAAGGUGUUCGUGGACGUGUGGAACCAACACGCGAACAACAUCGGCUUGGACGAGCAGCGCAAGAGGUUGCGCGAUGAUGUCAGCAGUAGCACGGCUCGGCCAUGGGGAUACCACCCAGCAUGCGACCUGCCGCCAUUGACGCGACACAUCUCGAGAUGCACCGACACUUGCAAGCGAGCGACGACAGCGAGUUGCGCCAUUUGA